AUGCUGAGGUGUCCGUGUGGCACACCGCUCCUGCCGGCAAGACAAGCGCUGCUACCCUCCUCCCGAUCCAUCGUCCGCUCGAGCAGAUCGACGGGCAGCGGCAGCAAGAGAUGGGCAAGUCAGAUCGCCGAUGGCAGAACGAGUGAUUCAGGGGCGAGCGGCAGCACGACGAGGAACACGGCAUGGCUACAAGCGAUACAAUCCGAGCGAACGAAGCAGCAGAGAGCCUACUACGGCCAGCGGAAUCGCAACCUGUUCCUCUACACCUCGGCAACCGUCAUUUUGGGCAUCGGCGUCACUUAUGCAGCAGUACCUCUCUACCGAGCCUUCUGUUCUGCGACUGGCUUUGCAGGCACUCCCUUGACGAGCAAGGAGUAUACCUCUGCAGAUCGACUCGUGCCUGCCGAGGGCUCCAGCCGCAGACUACGCGUCAGGUUCAACGCCGAUUGCUCGGAUGCACUGCCUUGGUCAUUCUCGCCUCAGCAGAGAGAAGUCAGGGUCCUGCCAGGCGAGACUGCGCUUGCAUUCUACACAGCGACGAAUCAUAGCGACAAGGACAUCAUCGGCAUCGCGACUUAUAACGUCACUCCCGAUCGAAUCGCGCCCUACUUUGCAAAGGUGGAAUGCUUCUGUUUCGACGAACAACGUAUCCUUGCAGGAGAAGAAGUCGAUCUACCCGUCUUCUUCUUUAUCGAUCGCGAUUAUCUCGAGGAUCCUCUGAUGAGAGAUGUCGACGACAUUGUGCUCUCAUACACAUUCUUCAAGGCGAGGCGAGACGAGAGAGGUCAGCUUGUACCUGACAACGGCAACGGUGGCGCAUCAACUUAA